UGAUAAUCCCAGAUUUGCAAAGGGAACAUUCACGUGACACAGACGUUGCUCUGUCAUGAACAGAUACCUUUAAUGAUCUUGAAAAUGUUUAGUUAGAAAGUGGUGUCACACAGUAUUUAACUGGUCUGCAUAGGCCACAACCAAAAUGGUUUUUAUUUAACCACCAGGGCCAUCAUCUUCCUCAGUGAAAAACACACUAUCCCACUUUAAGUACCUUACUAAUAAUUAGCCUUCAGAUUUAAAGAUGUAAUGCUCACUGCUCCAGUGACAGAACUGUGCUCCAUGAUGCCUAAGCAAGCCACAACCAUUAUUUGGUUAUUGUAAUUCCAAAAACAACUGAAGGUUUAGUUAAGAUUCCAGUCUUCCAUUUGGAGUGAAUAUGAUGAGUAAUUUCUCAAAAUAAUAGUUUUUUCAUGUGAUCCUACUAUUCUUCCUUCACUGCCAAACUGUCUCAGAGCAGCCUAUAAUAUGGGUCUCAGUGCAAACUUUGGGUUAAUCCGCCCUACUUCAGUCUGCUGAGGUCCUCAGUUCAUCCAUUCUAUAGUUCAGUUCAGACUCCAGUCCGUUACGAUCCACUCCCUUUUAUCCUGCGUCCCUCUCUGAAUGCAGCGCUGUGAUUGGUCGGUGGCUGCUUGUCAGGAAGAAAGAGCUGCUGUGUUGAGGCCGAAAACUCAGACACAACCAGGACCUGGACGAUAGUGGAAUACCUCAGUGGAAGGGGAUAUUUACUUCACUGGACACUCGCAAGACGUUUUAGCUAGCUGAGCUCCAGUGGAGCACCGACCGAGUCUCCGUGCUUCUGCUGUCGAGGCCGCCACGGUUCUGUUUCCCCCCCCCUCGGACUGUGUGUCGCUGCUUGCUGGUCGCAGUAAUCCAGACCCGCUGCUGUCCAGUGAGACAGAGGGGAGCCUGAAGCCGCGGUGUAGCGACGCAGCCACAAACCUGUCUGAGAUUUAAGUCUUCAUCCAGCCCGGAGGAAGCAUAACGGCUCAGCUGUUGUUGCUGGUAGCCGGGGCUAACUGCCGAGGCUGUCGGACCGAUAAACAACCAGAUAAAGCUCUGACUGUAUGGAACAAGUCAGCGGCGGACCACCGUCUCAUUUUGCGCAAGAACUGUUAUGACUGACUCAAAGACACCGUUCUCCGUUUGAAACACCGCCGCGGGUUUUAUUACGGUGGAUUUAUUUAAUGAAGGCAUCCUAAAAGCAGCAGUUUGAAGCCUCUCUGCAUCAGGCUUGCACAAACCCUACAGCAGUAUUACACACAGCCACAACAGGACUAUACACGCCUUAGCAGAGGCAGCAGAGGCAGCAGAGGAUGACAGAACAGGGGAUGUGAAUGAGAGUGCCAUGAAUCAGCCUGGACAGCAGCUGCUACCCACAUAGAGGUCACUUUACCUCUCUUUCCAUUUGCUUUGGUCCAGAGGAUGCUGGUAAUGUGUCGCGGGCGCAGGAAGUUCCUGGCGGCCUCCCUCGCCUUGGUCUUCAUCCCAGCACUCACCUGGCUUUACCUGUCAGUCGGGAGCUUUCAAGUGAAGCCCCUCCCCCUAUCUCCACUGGAAGUCCAGUCAUCAACGUCGGUGGGCGGAGCAGGUGAGCGACAGGCCUUGGAGCUACGGGUCCGGGCGGUGGAGGAGGAGAACCGGGCGCUGCGCCGGGAGCUCAGCCGACCACCCAGGAGCCCGUCUGCACGGCUUCCAAAUGGCAGUCACCGUGGCAACCAAAGCCGAACACAUUCAGAGGAGGGCACUGGUGACAAUGAGGGCCAGAAAGCUGCUGCAGUGGGGAACAGCUCAGACUGUGUGCAGCAGCCAGUGGUGGAUAAAUGUGAGACCAUCCAUGUGGCCAUCGUAUGUGCAGGUUACAAUGCAAGUCGAGAUGUGGUGACGCUGGUGAAAUCAGUCCUUUUCCACAGGCGGAACCCCCUACAUUUCCAUUUCAUCACAGACUCCAUUGCUCAGCAGAUCCUGUCCUCUCUGUUCCAUACCUGGAUGGUUCCUGCCGUCAGGGUCGACUUCUAUGAUGCAGAUGAGCUGAAGUCUGAGGUGUCCUGGAUCCCUAACAAACAUUACUCUGGGAUCUACGGUCUGAUGAAACUGGUGCUCACCAAGACACUGCCGUCCAAUCUGCAGAGAGUCAUCGUUUUGGACACAGAUAUUACCUUUGCCACUGAUAUUGCCGAACUCUGGGCCGUCUUCCACAAGUUCAAAGGUCAGCAGGUUCUGGGUUUGGUGGAGAACCAGAGUGACUGGUACCUGGGGAACCUGUGGAAGAACCAUCGACCCUGGCCGGCUCUGGGGAGAGGCUUCAACACCGGGGUGAUUUUGCUUCUCCUGGAUCGGCUACGGAAGCUCAGAUGGGAGCAGAUGUGGAGGCUGACUGCAGAGAGGGAACUAAUGAGCAUGCUGUCCACCUCCCUGGCAGACCAGGACAUCUUCAACGCUGUGAUCAAACAGAACCCUUUCCUGGUUCACCAGCUGCCGUGCUUCUGGAACGUCCAGCUGUCCGAUCACACGCGCUCUGAGAAGUGCUACAAAGAUGUUUCAGACCUCAAGGUGAUCCAUUGGAACUCUCCCAAGAAGCUACGAGUGAAGAACAAGCAUGUUGAGUUUUUCCGGAACCUCUAUCUAACCUUUCUGGAGUACGAUGGCAACCUGCUGCGGCGAGAGCUGUUCGGCUGUCCCAGUGAGGCCGACCACAACAGUGAGAACCUCCAGAAGACUCUGUCGGAGCUAGACGAAGAUGACCCUUGCUACGAGUUUCGUCGAGAGCGAUUCACCGUCCAUCGAACACACCUGUACUUCCUCCACUAUGAGUAUGAACCCAGCUCCGACAACACAGACGUCACUCUAGUGGCUCAGCUCUCGAUGGACAGGCUCCAGAUGUUGGAGGCCAUCUGUAAGCACUGGGAGGGCCCCAUCAGCCUGGCCCUGUACCUGUCCGAUGCUGAGGCCCAGCAGUUCCUGCGCUACGCCCAGGGCUCCGAGGUGCUGAUGAGCCGCGGGAACGUAGGUUACCACAUCGUCUACAAAGAGGGACAGUUCUACCCCGUCAACCUCCUGCGUAACGUGGCCAUGCGGCAGGUCAACACACCCUACAUGUUCCUGUCAGACAUCGACUUCCUGCCCAUGUACGGUCUCUACGAGUAUCUCAGGAAGUCAGUGGUGCAGCUAGACAUGGCCAACACCAAGAAAGCUCUGGUGGUUCCAGCCUUUGAGACGCUGCGAUACCGUCUGUCCUACCCAAAAUCCAAGGCUGAGCUGCUCUCUCAGCUGGACAUGGGUACACUCUUCACCUUCAGGUAUCAUGUGUGGACUAAAGGCCACGCACCAACUAACUUUGCCAAAUGGCGGACUGCCACCACGCCCUACAGGGUGCAGUGGGAGGCAGACUUUGAGCCCUACGUGAUGGUGAGGAGGGACAGUCCUGAGUAUGACCGCCGCUUUGUGGGCUUCGGCUGGAACAAGGUGGCUCACAUCAUGGAACUGGAUGCACAGGAGUAUGAGUUCGUGGUUCUGCCCAAUGCCUACAUGAUCCACAUGCCUCAUGCGCCCAGCUUCGACAUCACCAAGUUCCGCUCCAAUAAGCAGUACCGGGUCUGUCUCAAGACCCUGAAGGAGGAGUUCCAACAGAACAUGUCGCGGCGCUACGGCUUUGCCGCCCUUAAGUACAUGACAGCUGAGAACAACAGCUAGCCACCACUGCAGACCCUCACACCCCCGGUACUGAACUACUGACACACUCCACAGGCUGGGGAGGAGGGGGGCUGGGGUGGGGUGGGGGAGGUGCAGCCCUUGUGAGGCCAUCAGGAUACUUAGAGACUUGAAUCCCUCAGACUUUGUUAGAACUUUUGACCCUCAGUGUGGGACUAAGAGGGUCUUUAUGUCCAUACUGCUGUGGAUAGAAGAGAUAAUCCAGGAGAAGUUUCACUUCAGCCGGGAUCUUAAAGCUGUGAAAGAUGACAUGAGUGACUGCUGGACCUGGGCCUGGCUGUAUGGGCCCUGAGCUCCAGCUGUGGAGUCUUGUCAGACAACAGGCAAAGGAGAGGAGACAUUCAAUGCCUUGCCAUAUUUGUAAGAUCAGUGACAAAGUUGUGGGCUACGUGUAACAUUAUGUAUGCGUGCGUGCGUGUGUGCGUGUGUGUGUACUCAGAUAGAUGAAAAGUGUAAUUGUGUGUGCGUUCGUUCAGGGCGGAGCUUAGCAAAAAGCUUAAGGAGAGCUGAAGAUGCGAAGCGUUCUGUUGCACGCUGCAGAGAGGAACGCCUUCCAAGUGCCAUGAAGUAACAAAAAGCAGCUGCAGCUUGACUGACAGCACACCCUGACUCAAAUGCAAAUUGUCAGCAAGCGGCAAGAUAAGACAAAGCGGUAAACACGUCCACACAGAUUUUGAAAAUCUCAUUGUGACAAGUGACACACACUCAGAUAUUGGGGCGAGCAGCCAGGCAGCCAACCAUCUGCUGCUGCCUAAUUUGUUUCAUAGAUGAUACAGAUCAGAAUAAAUCCUCCUCCUCAUAUGACAAGGAAAGUUAAGUGUAAGGAUGGCUGGAGGUCGUCAGCUGAUAUUCAGGGUAUCUCCAUGUUAGCCUGAGCAUGCUGUUAGCGAGUGUUUCUGGUGUUUCGUUACGAUUACAGAACCCGACAGCAGCUGGUGCCGUGGGCCGGUCACGUCCUGCACACACACACACACACACACACCUGUUGGAGGUCCUGUCUGAAGCUGCCACCUCCACCCACCACCACCACCACCACCACCACCACGCCGAGCAGCGUUCACUGAGCUCACCGUUUACUUUUCUCCCCAACAAUCAGUAUUAUUUAUCAGUGCGUUUACAGUCCCACUGGGUGGAGGAAGGUUAGUGAAGCCACCACAUCUCCUCCACGCUGCGUCAGGAGGAUCUGAGGAGAACAGGAACGAGAGCUUAAACUCUGGAACUCAGAGGAAAUGAAACACUAACUCUCUCUCUCUCUCUCUCUCUCUCCCUCUCUCCUCUCUCUCUCUCUCUCUCUCUCUCUCUCAUUUUUUCUCACUCUGGCCUCUAGUUUGAUGACAGUAUAGAGGCGGCCUGUAACACUGGACUGUCUGGUCAUUGUCAAAAAACAAACAUCAACAAAAAACAAAAUCUUGUUUUCUGAAAAGAUUCCAGACAGAACACUGAGACUGACAGUCACUGUAGUCUUAUACUGAUAUCAUAUGAAACAUGUGUAUCUACAUCAAAGAUGUGUGUUGUAUGUGUUAACUAGAUGAAAAAGUGAAAACUAGUUAUUGGGAAAAGACAUGAUGUCUAAACUUUUUUUUGUUUUUUAAAUAUGAUAGAGACUAGAGAUGAAGUUUAAGAAUGUAAAGUGACACUGUCACAUAUAUAAUAUAUAAGAAAAUGACUAAAAA